UGUACAGCUGCAUCUGGACACAGCCAGAGCACUGAGACAUAUCAGGUAUUGAUGUAACUGGAGUGAAUAAGGGAACCUUCUUCCUGAGCACAGACAUUGGAGCCUGUUAUCAGCAUGAACUCAUAUGUGUUAGACAAUCACUUGAAUAGUUCAUAUCCAUCCUUCACUAAAGGAAGCAUCAGAAUGAUACCACAAACUCCAAACGUCUUAGACACAAAUGACUAUUCACAAACAUUGGGGAAAUCACAGCAGAUAUUUAAAGAACAUGGUGAAUUGGAAGGAACUGGGCAGAAACCAUUAUGUACAGAGAGUAAUUUAGUCAUCAAACAAGAGGACAACAUUUAUGCCUUAUCUAGUGAAAUGAUUAUCCCUGAGGAUAAACCACACACAGUUACUGAGUUUAAAGAAGAGAAAAGUUUUAAGUUUAGCCAAAUGAUUAAUACAAAGGAUAAACCUCACACAUGUACAGAAUGUGGGAGAUGUUUAACAUCUAAAGGAAGCCUUAUGUAUCACAGAAAGACCCACAAAGGGGAGAAACCUUUCACAUGUAAUGAGUGUGGGAGAUGUUUCACAUCCAAGGCAAAUCUUAUAUCUCAGGAAAAGACCCACACAGUGGAGAAACCUUUAACCUGUACAAAAUGUGGAAAACGUUUUACAAACACGCAUAAUCUGAAAACUCAUGUAAGGAGUCACACAGGAGAAAAGCCAUUCACAUGUACAAAGUGUGGAAAAUGUUUUACACUAAAUUGUAAUCUGAAAACUCAUGAAAGGAUUCACACAGGAGAAAAAGCUUUCACAUGUACAGAGUGUGGAAAAAGUUUUAGACAAAAGAGUGAUCUAAAAACUCAUGAAAGGAUUCACACAGGAGAAAAGCCUUUCACAUGUACAGAGUGUGGGAAAUGUUUUACACAAAAGAGUGAUCUAAAAGCUCAUGAAAGGAUUCACACAGGAGAAAAACCUUUCACAUGUACAGAGUGUGGAAAAGAAUUUACAGUAAAAAGUAAUCUGAAAACUCAUGAAAGGAUUCACACAGGAGAAAAACCUUUUACAUGUACAGAGUGUGGAAAAAGUUUUCCACAAAAGAGUUAUCUAAAAACUCAUGCAAGGUUUCACACAGGAAAAAAACCUUUCACAUGUACAGAGUGUGGAAAAGAAUUUACAGUAAAAAGUAAUCUGAAAACUCAUGAAAGGAUUCACACAGGAGAAAAACCUUUCACAUGUACAGAGUGUGGAAAACGUUUUGCACAUAUACGUCAUCUGAAAGCUCAUGAAAGGAGUCACACAGGAGAAAAACCUUUCACAUAUUUCUAAAGUGGAAAAGGGUAUCCCAUGUCAGUCAGAUGCACACACAAAUCCCACCAUGGACUGUGACAAGAUUUUUUCUGAUGAUAAAGGACUUUUAUCAUUAAGUAAUCUCUUUGACACUAAGGAGAACUUAUUAUUCAAGGAAAGUAAAGCUCAAUGGGACAUUUUGACUUUUGAACGUUAUAUGUCUGCAAAAAUGAUCCCUAGAGGAUUAAGAAUUUACAAAUGUCCUACUUUUGAAGUUGAUCCUGGUGAUCUUGAGUUUAUUAAUUCCUGGAAUGAAGUCUUGUCAGAAUGUUCUUCUAAGCUAAUGCUUUUACUUGUACGGUAUAGAACACUAUAUAGAAUCUAAAUAAAAGGAAAUUGACAUUUUACAAUUAGAACUUAAUAAACGUAGUCAUGAUCCGGACUUUGCUAAAUUUGACACCAUCCUCUAUGAUUCAGUUGCACGUGGCAAGCAGCUAAUCAUGGAGAAUAAACAUAUGAAAUUUAAAACGGAUUAUUUGUCUAAUUCAGUUUAUAUUUGGAACAGAAAGCAAUGUAUUAUAGACGUAGCCUACCACAUAAUAAUAAGAAUAGAAGGCGUAAUCGCAGAUGCAGAAAUACACAAUCCAAGUCUGUGACCUUUUCUGAUAGUGAGACUGAGAUGUCAUCAGAUGACAGAUUUCCUAGUACUGAGGAUAUUAACAUCAUGCCUAAUUUGACAGAAACACAAAUUAUUCAGCAGGGGAUUCUGAAAUACCCCAAUACUAAUAUGUCAGCUUCAAAAAUACCUACAGGCACUCAACCUAAGGAAAAACUGGACAAUAGGGAAGGGAAUACAGGUUCCAAAUAUGUUCCCAGUCAGUCCCAUAAUUUUACUGUGACUAGUAAUAUUAGUAACCCUUCCUUACUGGACCAGGUUUUUCCAAUGGCCAGAGAACCUCAGGACGGGGGAGGAGGGAAUCAAGGUCAGUACAAUCAAGACAGAUAUCAACUCAGGGGCAAUCACAAUACAAGCAAAUACAAGUAAAUAAUGUGAUUAACUUGUCAUCCACUACCCUCACUAACAUUCAAAUUGAAGUCUUAGGAUUUGGCCUUGGUUUUGCUCCCACCAGUAAUUUUAAUAUGUUUCAGACCAUGAUUGACAUUAAUCGACUUGUCAGAAAUAUAACACUUAGAAAACAUUUCUGUAGUAAUACUGACAUUCCUCAAGCUCAUAUAGAUCAAUUUGAGCAUACUAGUUCUCUACCAUCUGAGUUCCAGUCCUUUGAAGAGAAUUGUGACAUGAUCAGCCUUCAAUCUCUAGCAUUAGAACCAUCUAAAAAUACAGGUGUAACUAACAGUGGUCAGAGAUUUAGGGAUAAAUCAAAAUUUUAACCGAUGCAUAGCAUGGGUCCCAUUAUUGAGACCUUCUAUAACUGGGUCAAAAAAGAUCUACAAGCACUUAGGGACAAUCCUGGUCCUAUCAAAUAUAAUCUUUCAACCAAACAAAGAACAGCAUUGGAAUCUCUGCAGAAUAAUAACUCUAUGGUGAUCCGCCUUGCUGAUAAGGGCGGAAGCAUAGUAGUUAUGGAUCGGAUGGACUAUGUCUCUGAGGCUUUACAACAGCUCCAUAACACACAUGAUUAUCAAAUUUUAGAUAAUAAUCCUACCUUACAAUAUAAGAGAGAACUGAUGGACAUCUUGGACGAUGGUUUGGAGCCAGGGCAUUUAGAUGAACAUAUGGUUCAGUACUUAGAUGUAAAAUAUCCCAAGAUACCCAUGUUCCACCAUUUCCCAAAAGUCCAUAAAUCGUUAACUAACAUUCAAGGUAGACCUAUUGUGAGUGGAGUGGACUCUCUACUAGAGAGACUGUCUCAAUGGCUUGAUUCAUUGUUGCAACCUAUUGGUGCCAUGUUACCCUCGUAUAACAGGGAUACUAAACAUAUCCUUAAUCUAAUGAAGAAGGUUACCUGGGAUUUAACCUAUACAUGGGUCACCAUUGACGCAGUAUCUUUAUAUUCUUCGAUCCCUCAUAAUAAGGGAAUUGAAGCUAUUAGAUUCUUUCUGGCUUUUUACACAGAUUUCACUGUUGAGUUUCAGGAAUUUGUUAUUCGAGUCUUGAAUUUUUUACUUACUCACAAUUUUUUUUGUAUUUUGAGGGUACUUACUAUCUCCAAAGAUAUGGGACAGCUAUGGAGUUUUCUUUAAAAAAAUAAAAAAUUGCACUUAGCAGUUUUGGGGGCUAAAGUCAGUGGCUGUGAAGUGUUAGAAAAAACGGCACUGAAAAGUGUCUGUACACUGCGGUCUAUGGGAACUGUGUGUUCCCUGUAAAUAUAUGUGUAUGCUUAUAUACAUAUAUGUUUUGUGUCAAUAUGUGUAUACACUUAUAACAAAUAAUAUAUAUAUAUACUGUAUGUAUAUAAACAUAUAAAUAUUUAUUUAAAUUUGCUGCCAUCGAUCUCAUGCUGUGUCUCACAGCAUUAUAACGAGGCUCCCAUUGGAGCAUACGGUAGCUCGCUCUCAUUUUGCGCUCCAUUUAUAAUCAGGCCCAAUAUCAGUAACUGGUACAUUUGUGAUCAUAAUCGGUUUAAUUUAAAUGGCUACUAUAACCUACAUGUAUACUGGGUAUGUAAUAUGUGUGUCAUGUGAUCAUAAUCAGUUUAAUUUAAAUGGCUACUAUAACCUACAUGUAUACUGGGUAUGUAAUAUGUGUGUCAUGUGAUCAUAAUCAGUUUAAUUUAAAUGGCUACUAUAACCUACAUGUAUACUGGGUAUGUAAUAUGUGUGUCAUGUGAUCAUAAUCAGUUUAAUUUAAAUGGCUACUAUAACCUACCUGUAUACUGGGUAUGUAAUAUGUGUGUCAUGUGAUCAUAAUCAGUUUAAUUUAAAUGGCUACUAUAACCUACCUGUAUACUGGGUAUGUAAUAUGUGUGUCAUGUGAUCAUAAUCAGUUUAAUUUAAAUGGCUACUAUAACCUACCUGUAUACUGGGUAUGUAAUAUGUGUGUCAUGUGAUCAUAAUCAGUUUAAUUUAAAUGGCUACUAUAACCUACAUGUAUACUGGGUAUGUAAUAUGUGUGUCAUGUUCUGUAACUUGAUAUUAUGUCUGUUAGAUGUUUUCAUGUUAGUUAGAAGCCACAAGAAUUGAUAAUAGCACAUACUGUAUAUAUAAAGGGAACAUUAUAUGUCUGAUAAAUCCCUUUGUAUCAAGAACACAAGUGUUAGGUAUAUUUAUACCAUUUACAAGAACAGUAGGUAGAGAAAAGACCACCGAUUGCAAAAGGAAUACACUUAUAGCACGCUCUUAUUCCUCAAGAAAGCAAAUAAAUGUGUUUGAGAAGUGUUCGGUGCAAGUUUAUUCAAUUUAUUGGAAUAUUUAAAAUGGGGGAUUAUUAAAACCAAUAUCUGAAACUGGAAGACCUCUGUGAUAGCUAUUACCACAGUCCUACUAGUAAAAUAAAAUCACUACUACUAAAGGAAUAAUAUAGGAUAUAUUACUGAUUGAAACCAGACUAUGAGUAGUCCGUAAUCAAGCAUACAGCAGUGGUGACUAAUAUAGCUGUAACCACGCUUGCAAUAUGUGUGUGAUUGUGUGUAAGAUUCUAGACACUGUCAAUUAUGACAAUAAACACAUAGAUAAAGUAUAGAAGUCGGAUAUAAAUAUCAUGGGGUAAAUUUUUUGAUGUAGCAAAUCAUGUCCACUGCACAUCGAUUAAUGCCAACAGCAUACGCUGUCAGCAUUUAUCAUUGCACCAGAAGUUCUUGUGAACUGCUGGUACAAUGCCGCGCUAGCAGGGGGUGUCAAUCAACCCAAUCAUAUUCAAUCAAGUUGAUUUCUGUCCACCGCCUCAGAGGAGGCGGACAGGUUAUGAAACAGCGGUCUUUAGAAACACGGGGCAUCAAGCUCCGUACAGAGCUUGAUAAAUUGACCCCUUAGUGUCAAAUAUCAAGUGUUGUUGACACAAUUUAGCUAAAUGUGGUAAGUAUGUUAGUGUCUAUUAAAUCUGCAUACUUUGCAAAUAUAUGUGGACCACAAUUUACAAGAACACGGUAUGCAAUUAGCCAAACAACAGGCUUAUGGUAAAAAGUUAUGGAUUCAAUCACAUAAAUAAAUUGCCAGAUACAAAUAGUAUGAUUGCUAAGAUUGCAUAGUGAUGCUUGUAUCGUUAAUAAACACAAGGCACUGCGGUUUAUAUAUAAAGUACCAUCAAGAGUCUCUGUUUCAUAUAUGUAAAUAUUUCACAGCAGGCACAUUUUGCUGGGUUGUUAAAAAUAAAAUAGUAACCAAGGAGUGUCGAGGUAUGAUACUAUAGGGUCCAAUUGUGGCAAUGUAAUGAUUUAGCUUAGGUUGCAAAGGAUCACAACUGCAGAGAGUCUGUAUAAAGUGGAUGUAUCACUUUGGCAAUUGGAGUAUUUAUGUAGCAUAAACCAAGCUGCGUUCAGUGAAUUUAUUAUAAAGGGAACAAUUCGUUGCAGAGAUAAGGUUUGUCACGCAACAGAAAACAAAGUCAGAAUUGUUGUUAAACUUCACAACAAGAAGAAUAGGAUAAACUGAAAUGGCAGUCUCUUAGGUAUAAAUCAAAUAUAAGCACAGUAGCAAUUGUCAUUAACCAGAAUUGUUAUUAUGAUGCAGGCAGAGUGAAGUCUUAGUGCAUUAGCGGUGUAGCGUAGUAAGCAAGCAAAUGUUAUCAACACAAGUGAAAAGCAAACAGUCCAGCUACUUGUAAUAUCAGAUGUUCUUACCCCCUUAGUCAGGAUACAACAGGUUGCGCACACAGUACCUUACAGAGGUUCCGGAUAGUGGAGCUGUAUACUGUGAGCAGGAGAACUCAGCACUGUAUGCGAGAGGAUGCGGGAGGCAGUCCGGUUACGCUGCAGUGAAACAAACUGUCAGCAAUUCCAAGCAGCUCUGAGUGAGCGGUGAGAGAGUGACUGAGCGUCUGAAGCAGGUUGUCAGAUUCACUUAAAGCGUGCACGACAAUAAGACUGCAGGAGGAAGGUUUGUUUAAAUUGAAGAACGGAUAUGACCGUUAUUUGUUUUAAGCUUGAAAAGAAAUUAUCCUUAUGAGUUCAGCAAUUCCGGAAAAGGCAAAACUUAGAAAGCUUCUCAGAGGUAAUUUCAAGAGGUGAUUCAAAUAGCAGCUACAGACUUUAGCUAGGUUAGUUUAAUAAUCAAGCACCUGUUUGUGGUCACAUGAUGCUUUAAAUACAGGUAAAGCUAGAGUCAGGUGACUGGAGGAAGGAGGUAAGAAGUGGAAUGGAAUCCUUACAUAUGCCCCCCCCUCAAGCAAGCCGAUCCUCGGCUUGAUGCUUGGGCCGAAGAGGGAAUCUACGAUGGAAACGUAAGAGAAGUCUGGGUGCAUUUAUAUGCGUGUAAGGUUCCCAUGUGUCAUCAUCAGGUGAGUAUCCUUUCCAUCGUACCAAAUACUGCAAAGUUCCAUCAUGACGUCUGGAAUCUAGGAUAUCAUGGAUCUCAUAGGUAUCUGAAUCCAGGGGUAUAGGUGCAGGAGGUAAAAUGGGUUUUAGUGAAGGAUCAUUAGAGGCUGGUUUCAGAAGCGAGACAUGAAAAGUUGGAUGUAUGGGUAAGGAACUGGGUAAAUCCAGAGUGACUGCAUUUGGGUUCACAACCCGAGUGAUAGUGAAAGGACCGAUGUAUAAGCCUGCUAAUUUUUUACUAGGUAGUGGUAUUUUGAUAUUCUUUGUCGAGAGCCAAACUCUACUGCCCACGGUGUAUGCAGGAGAAGGUCUUCUACGUAGGUCGUAAUAUUUUUUCUGGGAGUCCUGGGCUUGUUGGAUGUUCCGUUUCAAGAAUUGAAAGUUUUCGGCUAAGGUUUGUAAUAGAUCAUCAACACAAGGAGAUAUUGGAAUUUCCAUAUUUUGUAAGGUAAAGUUGGGAUGAUAAGCGUAGUUAGCAUAAAAAGGCGAGACCUUGGUUGAGGAAUGAACAGAGUUGUUGUAGGCAAAUUCUGCCAGAUACAAGUAUAGGGACCAUUCAGUUUGAUGAUAGGAGCAGUAACACCGUAAAUACUGCUCUAACCAUUGAUUUAGCUUCUCUGUUUGGCCAUUGGUUUGAGGGUGGAAGGCCGUACUCAAGCGAUGAUCAAUCUGUAGUUGUUGUGUGAGACAUUUCCAGAACUUGGACGUAAACUGUGUACCCCUGUCUGUAGUUAUCACGGAAGGGAUACCAUGGAAACGAACAAUAGAAUUCAAGAAAAGUUGUGCUGUCUCACUGGAGGUGGGUAGUUUAUUGAAAGGAAUGAAGUGGGCCAUUUUAGUCAAGAUGUCAGUAACUACUAAAAUGGUGUUGAACCCAGAACUCACAGGUAAUUCAACAAUGAAAUCCAUGCCCAGAUGUGCCCAGGGUCUAUUGGGUAUUUGGAUUGGGAGGAGGUGUCCAUAGGGUUUCUUUCUUUCCUUUUUGGAAGUGAUGCAAAUGGUACAAUUUUCUAUGUACUCUUUAACAGUGUUAUCCAAAUUCGGCCACCAGUAAUUUCUACUGAGAAGUUCUUUGGUUUCCGUUAUCCCAGGAUGACCUAGAAGAGGUGGGUCAUGAUGCUGUUUGAUCAAAUGAGAUCUGAGGGAUUGAGGUACAUAUAACUUAGAGUCAUGAUAGUAGAGAUUAUCGUUGCAAGAGAGCUGGAGAUGAGGUAACUGUUCGUCUGCUUGUAGAGCUGAUUGGAUCUGUGUCUUAAAGCUGGGGAGCAAUCCUAGGAAUCGUUCCGGAGGGAUGAUGGAAGUACAAGUCUGUAGGUUUUCAGGUUUCGGAUCCUUUCUUGAAAGGGCAUCGGCCUUUCCAUUCCUAGAUCCAGGCCUGUAGACUAUCUGAAAGUUGAACCUACUGAAGUAUAGACUCCAACGAACCUGCCGGCUUGAGAGUGUUUUGUUUCUCUGAAGAAAUUCUAGAUUGCGAUGAUCAGUAUAUAUUAUAAUAGGUAGGACAGUGCCCUCCAAAAGAUGUCUCCAGUGUUCAAAUGCACGUUUCAUGGCUAGAAGUUCCUUUUCACCGAUGGAAUAGUUCAUUUCAGGUGCAGACAUGACUUUUGAAUAAUAUGCAACGGGAUGGAGGGGAUGAGUUAGACUCUGUCUUUGCGAAAGAACUGCUCCGAGAGCAUAGUCUGAAGAAUCUACUUCCAACACAAACUGUAGUGAAGGAUCUGGGAAUUGGAGUAUGGGAGCUGAGCAAAAAGACUCUUUUAGUAGGUUAAAUGCUUCAGUUGCCUUAUAGUUCCACACAAAAGGUGUAGAUGAGCUGGUGAGCUUAGUGAGUGGUUUAGCAAGAUGAGAGAAAUUUUUGAUAAACUUCCUAUAGUAGUUGCUAAACCCCAAGAAACGUUGUAGUUCCUUUCUGUUCUUAGGAAGUGGCCAGUUCUUUACAGCUUCAACUUUAUUGGUCUGCAUUUGAAUGCCAUCAGGGCCAAUGGAAUAACCCAGGAAAUCUAUUUGGUUGGUGUGGAAGACACACUUCUCCAGUUUAGCAUAAAGUCUAUGUGCUUGUAGUCUGGAUAGAAUCCAGCUAACAUGUUUAACAUGGUCCUCGAGUGAAUUGGAGUAAAUAAGGAUAUCGUCGAGAUAGACGACUACACAGAUAUCCAAAAGAUCAUGAAAAAUGUCAUUUAUAAACCGUUGGAACGUGGCCGGAGCGUUAGUUAACCCAAACGGCAUGACCAGAUAUUCAAAUAGGCCGUAUCUCGUUCUGAAGGCUGUUAACCACUCAUCCCCUUCUCUGAUACGGACUAAAUUGUACGCGCCCCUGAGGUCUAGUUUGGUGAAAAUUUUAGCAUGUUGCAGACGUUCAAUAAGUUCAGGGAUGAGUGGUAGGGGAUACCUGUUUUUUAUUGUAAUUUUAUUAAGUUCCCUAAAAUCAAUAAUUGGACGGAGAGAGUUAUCCUUGUUCCUUACAAAGAAAAAUCCAGCGGCUGCUGGAGACACGGAGGGGCGUAUGAAGCCUUUCUUUAGGUUUUCAUCGAGAUAGACUUUUAGGUGGUCGAGCUCAGGCUGGCAAAGGGGAUAGAGAUGUCCAAACGGAGCAGUGGUACCUGGUUUCAAGUCGAUAGGACAGUCAUACGACCGAUGGGGUGGCAGAGUGUCUGCUUCCUUUUUACUAAAAACCUCUGCAAAUUUCCUGUACAUCACAGGUAUCUGAGGAUCCUCUGACACAUGAAGUAAUGAGGAAUGAUUCAGGCAAGUUUGAUGGCAAUAGGGUGAAUUAAAACUUAAUUUCAGAGAACUCCAAUUAAUGACUGGUUCAUGUAGACGAAGCCAAUGUAAACCUAACACAAUUGGAAAAAGUGGUGUAGUAAUUACAUCGAAUGAAAUGUAUUCUUGAUGUGAAUCUACAGUAGUUACAAGUAUGGGAAUGGUAUGCUGUGUAACAGGACCAGAAGAAAUUUUAGAGCCAUCUACUACUCGAAUAGAAACAGGACACAACUUAGUGAUAAGGGGUAUUUUAUUUUCCAACACAAUAGAUUUGUCAAUAUAAUUCCCUUGGGCACCGGUGUCAAUAAUGGCCUCUCUCGUCAAGCGAUUGUGGUCCCACUGUAAAGAGAGAUUUAAAGUACAGUGAAUCGGUUUAUCAUGAACAAUUAAAGUAGUCAUAUGAGUGAAAGACUUACUAUUCUUGUUUUUACGUAGAGAGGGACAUUCACUAAGGGAAUGGGAUGGACUUCCGCAGUACAUGCAAAGACCUUUGGAUUUUCUCCUGAAUCUUUCUUCUGAACUCAAAGGACCCCGAAAAAACCCAAUAUCCAUAGGUUCAGGAGUGCUUGGAGAUGGCGCAGCAGGCAUAGGAUGUGGGGCUCUUCUGUAUGUGGAAUCACCUGGUUGGCGUUCAGACUUCCUUUCCCGAAGCCUUCUAUCGAUAUGCAUCGAUAAUUUCAUGAGACCGUCCAGGUUAUCAGGUAGAUUGGUUCGUGCCAAUUCGUCUUUAACUGAUUCAGAAAGUCCUAAGCGGAACUGAUUCCUCAAAGCAAUCAUAUUCCAUUGGGAAUCUAUGGCAUGUUGUUUAAAUUCCGUUAUGUAGACUUCAACAGGACGGUUACCUUGUCUGAGUUUUCUCAUCUUACUUUCAGCCGUCAGUUGUAGGUUAGAAUCAGAAUAAAGUUCAUCCAUGACCGCCAAAAAGGAACUUAAAGAGGAUAAUAUGGGGUCAUUAGUUUCAAACAGAGUGUCAGCCCAAAUUCGGGGUUCACCCCUUAGAUAGCUAAUCAUAGUGAGUAUUUUAAUCUUCUCAUUGGGAUAGGUUAAUGGCUUCAAAUUGAACAUGAGAAGGCAAGCAUUCUUGUAUUGGCGAUAAACAUUCCUAUCACCAUUAAAUAAGUCAGGUGCUGCUAUCUGAGGUUCCACAAAAGUAGAAGUAGGUUGUGAUUUAGGUAAGGUAGUAUCUUUAAUUAUUUUUCUUAAAGUCUCAUUCUCGACCUUUAGGUCUCUAAGACCCUGAGUAAGUUCAUCCACUCUCUUAGACAGACUAUAGACGAACUGUGGGAGCUCUGCUGGAUCCAUAGGUAGGCUUGAUUAUUCUGUAAUGAUUUAGCUUAGGUUGCAAAGGAUCACAACUGCAGAGAGUCUGUAUAAAGUGGAUGUAUCACUUUGGCAAUUGGAGUAUUUAUGUAGCAUAAACCAAGCUGCGUUCAGUGAAUUUAUUAUAAAGGGAACAAUUCGUUGCAGAGAUAAGGUUUGUCACGCAACAGAAAACAAAGUCAGAAUUGUUGUUAAACUUCACAACAAGAAGAAUAGGAUAAACUGAAAUGGCAGUCUCUUAGGUAUAAAUCAAAUAUAAGCACAGUAGCAAUUGUCAUUAACCAGAAUUGUUAUUAUGAUGCAGGCAGAGUGAAGUCUUAGUGCAUUAGCGGUGUAGCGUAGUAAGCAAGCAAAUGUUAUCAACACAAGUGAAAAGCAAACAGUCCAGCUACUUGUAAUAUCAGAUGUUCUUACCCCCGUAGUCAGGAUACAACAGGUUGCGCACACAGUACCUUACAGAGGUUCCGGAUAGUGGAGCUGUAUACUGUGAGCAGGAGAACUCAGCACUGUAUGCGAGAGGAUGCGGGAGGCAGUCCGGUUACGCUGCAGUGAAACAAACUGUCAGCAAUUCCAAGCAGCUCUGAGUGAGCGGUGAGAGAGUGACUGAGCGUCUGAAGCAGGUUGUCAGAUUCACUUAAAGCGUGCACGACAAUAAGACUGCAGGAGGAAGGUUUGUUUAAAUUGAAGAACGGAUAUGACCGUUAUUUGUUUUAAGCUUGAAAAGAAAUUAUCCUUAUGAGUUCAGCAAUUCCGGAAAAGGCAAAACUUAGAAAGCUUCUCAGAGGUAAUUUCAAGAGGUGAUUCAAAUAGCAGCUACAGACUUUAGCUAGGUUAGUUUAAUAAUCAAGCACCUGUUUGUGGUCACAUGAUGCUUUAAAUACAGGUAAAGCUAGAGUCAGGUGACUGGAGGAAGGAGGUAAGAAGUGGAAUGGAAUCCUUACAGGCAAUAAGCCCUGAUAAAUGCACUAGCAAUCUUGUAGUUAAAAUUAUAACAGUAAGUUUGUGAUCUUUAUCAUCGUAUAUGAGAGCUUGAAUAUGGCUGAAUUAUUGCAGCGGAUACCUUACAAUGUUGCAAUUAAAUUGGCCUAUAAUGUUAUUUUAUAUUUAGCAAAGACACGUCAACACCUGCCACCUGCAAUCGUAUGUGUAAGUAUUGUUAGCACCCAUAAUCACGCACGUAACUCAGAUUGGCAAUAAGAAGUAUUAGAACUAAUAAUACGCUAGUCUCCGUUAUUUAAAUCAUUUCAAGUAUAUCACAGAACCCGCACAUUUGCUGGGCUGCUGAGCAUAAACAGAGUUCCACGGUAUAAAUGAUAUACAUCAACAAGAUAACAAAUUACUGGUAUCAAAAAUAUCUCUGAGGUCUAAGUCAGAUAAAUAUUAAAAACCUAAUAUGAGAGCCCCAUUUCUCUCCCACCCGCCCUUGUUUCUCUGUUUGGUGUUUGCAAUCGGUGGUCAUUUCUCCACCUAUUGUUAUAAAUAUUCCUUGUUAAUAAACAGCACCUCAAUGCUCUAUAUAUGUAUAGGAACCUUAAUACAGCUGCAUAUUAAUAUUCCUUAGCGUGGUGCCAUUGAUUCCCUCUACUCUCAUAUUUAUAGCACUGUGUGCAUAUCUCAUAUAAUGCUCCUGUUUACUAUAUAAUGAUAUACAAUGUUUUUCAUGCAAAUAAAAAAUGAUUGUAAUCCA